UCGUGUCUAAACGGCUUUUGGGUCGAGUUCAUGCAGCACGCGGUAACGGUUUUUGCAAUUGUCGCUAUUGUUGUUGUGCGAAGCAUGUGAUAAAAAAAACGUUCGCCAAAUUAAAAUACUAUCGACUACUGUGGGAAAGAGUGAGAUAAAGAUAAAAGAUAAUACAUUUCGGUAGCACAAAUAAGAAAAACAAAAUUUAAUUUAGUGAAAUCUUAAAAUGAGCGACCAAACCAAAGAAAUUGCAUCGGCACCGCCCACCCUGCAGGAUUUCAAGGCGCCCACCUUCCAGGACAACAAACUAGUGCUCUUUUUUCAUCCAUACAACUUCUACUCGCAAAAAGUGCUAUUGGUACUGUAUGAGAAAAACAUCGACUUUAUUCCAUACAUUGUCGAUCUUUCCAAUGGCGAACAAUACUCCAGUUGGUUCCUUAAUUUGAAUCCCAAAGGCGAUGUGCCUGUACUGCAGGAUGGCGCCUUCGUUGUUCCAGACUCCAUGCACAUAAUAAACUACUUGGAGAGCAAGUUUCGUGGAGAGAACCACCCGCUGUUGAAACCACAGGAUGCGAACUCGCCCGUGUUCGAUCAAGUGCUGCUCUAUGAGCGGGCUCUAGGACGCCUGCCUGUCGGAGCAUUGAGUUUGGGUUCAUUUAUACACGACGAUCUGAAACUGGCCCCCAAGCCACCCUUUAUUGGACCCGUGCGCAAAUCCUGCCUGAGUAAUAAUGAAAAGGUUUUGGAGUUGCUGAAACGCUCCGUUGAUGAGCUGGACACGAAAAAGGCGGCAUUGGAGCAGAAGUUGAAGCUACAGCAGCGACGCAAGGAUAUUGUCUACUCACGAGAGGAGUUCCAACGAGUCCUAGACGCCGUAAAGCACGUGCUGCUCUAUGUGGAGCAGGAGCUGACGAAGCAGGCACGACGCCACGACUGGCUAGUGAGCGACGACCUUACGCUGGCCGACAUCAGCCUGGGUCUGUUGCUGCACCGAUUGUACCAACUGGGAUUCGAGAACUACUACUGGAGCUAUGGAAAGUUGCCACAGGUGGAGAGCUACUUUUUGCGCUUUAAGCGUCGGGCUUCCUAUCACAAACUGAUGCCUAGUAAUUUCGAGAUCCUGAAGGAUAUGUGGGCCAAGACACCGGGCAAUUACAAAAUUGGUGCCGGGGCCGGAUUCAUUGGGAUGGCCAUGUUCGCUGCCUUUGCGCAUAAGUAGGACACGGCUAUAGAUAUGUACUUUAAGUAUAUACAUGAAAGUGGCAUAAUUGUUAACAAUUAUUGUUUAAUAAAUUAUAAAAGUUGAACAACAAUUCGUUGGGCGGG